AUGGAGCAGGCUCUUUGGGUAGAAAGGGGUGAUGCCUCCAUUCGGGAGAGGACUCAGGCCGUGGGGCAGAGUCAGGACAUGAAGCACCUCUUUCCAGAUGACGGAGGACCGUUGAGCAGCAGACGUCCGCCGAGGCCUCCACGAUCACGCUCUCAAGGUCGUGGGUCUUCGAGGAGUCAGCGUUCUAGGGGAUUCCGUCAGCAUGGACAGACUCAGAGGACACCGCAGUGUAUUGAUCUCCAGUCUGGUUACCAUCAGUUGAGGGUGAGGGCCAAGGAUGUUCCCAAGACGGCUUUUCAGACUUGGUACGGACAUUAUGAGUUUACGUCGCCGUCGACGCCGACGUGGGGCUCCGGAACCUCGACCUCGAGCUCGAGAACUCCGUCAACUACACUACCAUCAAGGUCCUCGGCGGCGACUGCCGCCUCGACUAGGCGUUCCCAAGGCCGUUCGUCUCCUCGCCAACUUCAACUACCCAAGGCCGUCGCUCCUCGUCGACCCCUGCGUCCGAGGCCGCGUCGCUCCUCGGCCGUCCGCCCCUCGCCGACCUCUGCUCCGCCGAGACCGCCCACUCCGAGGCCGCCAUGCUCCUCAUGCUCGCCGACGCCGUCUACGGCGUCGUCACUUCCUGCAGCCCCGCCGUCGACCUGGUCCGCGUCGCUCCUCGGCCGUCCGCCCCUCGCCGACCUCUGCUCCGCCGAGAUCGCCCGCUCCGAGGCCGCCAUGCUCCUCAUGCUCGCCGACGCCGUCUACGGCGUCAUCACUUCCUGCAGCCCCGCCGUUGACCUGGUCCCCUGCGCCCGAGGCCGUCCGCCCCUCGCCGACCUCUGCUCCGCCGAGAUCGCACGCUCCGAGGCCACCGUGCUCCUCAUGCUCGCCGACACCGUCUACGGCGUCGUCACUUCCUGCAGCCUCGCCGUUGAUCUGGUCCGCUGCGCCCGAGGCCGCGUCUGCCUCCUCCAUCUCCUCCUCGGCUUCCCUGCACACGAGCCGUGACGCGCUCGAGCUCCUUGAGCUUUCCUGCGCCCGAGCUCCUCGCUUCUUCCGACCACAAAACCCCGUGCCAAACUCUGUACUUCCCGAUCCCCAACGAUGCGCCCGCGACGACGGACGACGGCGACGGCGACGACUACGCUGGCGAUGAGGAGGAGGACGAGGACCUGGGGAAGCUCCUAGAGCUGUUCCCGCGUCUCCGCCCUCCGGUCUGCGGCGUCGCGCAACCCGUGCGUGCUCCACCGAGCUCCGCUGCGUCUCAGCCGCGUCCCCACCUCACUUUCUUCCUCCGGCCUGCGGCGUCACGCGACCCGCGCGUGCUCCACCGAGCUCUGCCAAGUUCUUCCGAGCUCCGCCGCGUCUCCGCAGAGUCUCCAUAAGUUUCCUCUCCACACCGCACCCUCCACCUAUUCGAUGAAAUCUCCAAAAGAAACCAGAGGAAGCCCGAUCGAUUCGACGGCGGUCGGAACAGCCCUGAUGAGAUCUUGGCGGCAGUGACCUCAUCGGGCGCGGACACCAAGGUGUGGGUCGCGGAGGUGCCUCCCAUGCACUCUGCCGAUACCUUGACCGCCUCGUAGUGGGGCUCGACGCGGAGACCAUCAUCGCUGACAGCCGCGCCGCCACCCGUGGGUUCUCAUCAAUUGACGGGUGCUUGCUGUAGAUGCUGCGGAAUGGCGACGAGUUGAAGCCCGACAACCUCGCUCACCAAUUGUUCGAUGAAACGCUACUGCUCCGACGGAGUUGGCGCCAACGGAUCACGCCCACCAGUUACUUGACGAAAUGCCCAAGAUGUUUACUUUCGACGGCGAACCUGAUAUGUACAUAAAGAGAGAGAGCGGUGCUCUUCUCUUUAUAAAAAAUGCGUGUUAUUAAAAGAGAAAGAGCGGUGCUCUUCUCUUUAUAAAGAAUAUGGCAUCAUCAAAAGGGAAAGAGCGGUGCUCUUCUCUUUGUAAAAAUGUUAUCAAAAGAGAGAGAGAUGUUACUUCUCCAAUGAUAAAAAAGAAAGAGAGAGAGAGCUUUGUUACUGUAGGGAGGCAAGGAAGGGAUUUUUAUCCCGCCUUAGUUGUCCCACGAAUGUAAAAGAGAUAAAAAGGAAUUAUUCAUCUCUGUUAUACUAUAUUUUUAAAGAAGAUAAAGAGAAAAAAUGUAUUCUCUUAAUUCUUCUCCAAUGAAGAGAUGAAAGAAAAUUAGUCGAACCUUUCGAUUUGGUCGAAAUAGAUCGAAUCGAUAUUUAAUUCCACAGUAUGUGAUUUAUAGCUGAGAAUUUGACAAAUAAUAAAACGCGUUCGGAAUAUAUUUUUGAUGAA